CUUAAAAUCGAAGCUUCCGGCAUGGAACUUAGACGUAGGCUGGAAGUUCCUGAUGUCGAAGCCUUUCGAACCUCUCCUUUCUGCAAACUUAAAGCAUGUGACCAGGAAGGCUAAUUUUUCUAACCACUCUAGCUACAACAAAGAGGGUUAGUGGGGUUUAAGCCAUCAGCGGACAUAUUGGCUUUAGAGGACAUAAUGCAGUGUGUUCUCUAAGCCCUUCGUUCUUGGCUAAGAAUGAAAACCCGUCUAACCCUUGGCCCAGGAGCUUGGAGACCAAGGGGAUGCCACAAUUUAUUGGGAAAGAGCCAGAGAGAGUCCUGUGCCCUGUCAGGGCUCUCAAGUUUUAUCUAGGUAAAACUAAAAAGAAAGUCGAGAUCCUUCGGACAAUCUGCAGUGUUCUGUAAAAAGACCAGACUUGCCUAUGUCAAAGAACGCCCUGGCGUCCUUUUAAGGAGCUCUUUCAAAGAGGCUCAUUCGUCAUGUUUGGACAAGGUUUUAAAACCUUUUAAAGUGAAUGCUCACAAGGUGAGGGCGCGGCCUCGGAGGCAUUUCAAAAGAGCAUGGCACUCAGUAACAUCCUGAGUGCCACGUUUUAGCGAAGCAACUCUGUGUUCACUUCACACUACCUGCGGGAUGUGAAGACGACAUAUGAGAUCUGCUGCUCGCUAGGGCCAUACGUUUCCGCUGACACAAUCUUGGGGGCAAGAAGUACCACUCAUCCUAUCCUGUAGAAAAUGGUUAGGAAGAGCUGUUUAUUAUAGUUGUUGGGUCGGCCGCCAGUGGCGGACUUCUCAAUUCUUAGCUUUAGUUAGACAUCCUUAACUUUGGCUAGGUUGGUCAGGUGGUGAUAUAUAUUACUUCUUAGCCCUCAUAGUAUGGUCAAUAUGGUCUAGUCACAUUGUGGUCAUGCUCCCGCUGACAGAUCAUCUAGAACUCACCAGCUAUAGAGUCUCCUUGCUGGAGACUCUAGUAAAGCAAAAGCCGACUUGGGUGACUGUAAUCACGAAGUCAGCUAUGCUAACAGGUAUGGAACCAAGAUGUCAAUCAUCUGCAUGCAAUUUGUUUCCUAAAUCAUUCUAUUCUGUCCCUUCCCACCUCCAAAGGUGGGAUUCAGCUAUAUAUAUAUCUGACAGGUAAGUUUCAUGAACAAAAUGAUAUUGUUAUGAUACAAUAAAGUUUGUUCAUACUUACCUGGCAGAUAUAUAUAAUCAAGUACCCACCCACCUCCCCUCAGGGGACAGUGGCACUAGAAAAUCUGAAUAGAAAAUGGGAAUGGUUCCUGAUACCCGCCUCCCAGCGGCGGGAAUGGGUACUAACCACCUGGCCGCCCACUGCGUGUGCCGGGAGUUUUGAAAUUCUGUCGGACUUCAGAGAAUACAGCUAUAUAUAUAUCUGCCAGGUAAGUAUGAACAAACUUUAUUGUAUCAUAACAAUAUCCUUUUUGUGAUAAAACUAUAAAAAACCAGUUAUAAAAAAUUGAUUUUUCUUGAGUUCUAACUAACAAAAUAGGCCUUUACAGCAUUUUAAUAGGGGGUCCCAACUAUUCGCGGGUUCUAACUAUUUGUGUAGUAAUGUAAAUCCAAUACACUUCUUGUGUAUUUAUAAUGAUCACUUUCUCUAUCUUGCAGAUAACUUGCAAAGCAACAGAUGCAGAUUUAGUGAGUGAGAGGUCCUUGGAAAUUAAAGUUACAGCACAUAAUUAUCGAAAAGGAACUCUAUUCCUUGGUCUUGUUGGGAACUUGUGAGGACCGUCGUUCAUUUAAUUUUGCUAUUCUUGCAAACGGAGGAAAUUUCCUUUGGAGCCUAAAUAGGAGUGAGUAUUGUUCAUAGAACAUCCUGGAAAUGGAAGUUGAAGAAUCGUCAUCAUUGCUGCUACUCAAAGAAGAGAAGGAGGAUCUGGAGGAGGGUCCAACUGAACAUGCAGAUGACAAUUCUUCGUUUGCAGACCCCUUCUUAGAAGUCAAGGCAGAACCGGAAUUUUUUGACUAUGAUGAUUUUGAUGUGAACUGUUCUUCCCAAUCUAAAAUUAAGUGUGAAAAGAACAGCUCUCCAAGCUGUGACGAUGAGAGCAGAAAAGAAAAGAUCUGUAUUGGAGAAGAAAACAGACAUUUGGGUAGAAGCAAAGCAGCAGGGAAACUAUUAACUUGUGCUGAAUUCCAAAGGACGUUUUCAAAAAUUGACGUGCUGAAAUCCCACAUGAGAACUCAUACAGGAGAGAAACCAUAUACUUGCUCUGUAUGUCAAAAAAGUUUUUCUGGUUCAAGUACUCUCAAAAGUCACAUGAGAACUCAUACGGGAGAGAAACCAUAUACUUGCUCUGUGUGUCAAGAAAGUUUUUCUGGUUCAAGUACUCUCAAAUGUCACAUGAGAACUCAUACGGGAGAGAAACCAUAUACUUGUUCUGUAUGUCAAAAAGGUUUUUCUGAUUUAGGUACUAUCAAAUGUCACAUGAGAACUCAUAUGGGAGAGAAACCAUAUACUUGUUCUGUAUGUCAAAAAAGUUUUUCUGUUUCAAGUUCUCUCACAAAACACAUGAAAACUCAUACGGGAGAGAAACCAUAUACUUGCUCUGUAUGUCAAAAAAGUUUUUCUCAAUCAGGUACUCUCAAAUGUCACAUGAGAACUCAUACGGGAGAGAAACCAUAUACUUGCUCUGUAUGUCAAAAAAGUUAUUCUGUUUCAAGUCAUCUCUCAAAUCACAUGAGAACUCAUAUGGGAGAGAAACCAUAUACUUGCUCUGUAUGUCAAAAAAGUUAUUCUGUUUCAAGUCAUCUCACAAGACACAUGAGAACUCAUACGGGAGAGAAACCAUAUACUUGUUCUGUAUGUCAAAAAACUUUUUCUGACUCAAGUAAUCUCACAAAACACAUGAAAACUCAUACGGGAGAGAAACCAUAUACUUGUUCUGUAUGUCAAAAAACAUUUUCUGAUUCAAGUACUCUCAAAUGUCACAUGAGAACUCAUACGGGAGAGAAACCAUAUACUUGCUCUGUAUGUCAAAAAAGUUAUUUUGAUUCAAGUACUCUCACAAAACACAUGAGAAUCAUACAGGAGAGAAACAUUUACUUGCUCGUAUGUCAAAAAAGGUUUCUGCCAUCAAGUAGUUCACAAGACACCUGA